AUGAUGUCCCAUCCCCACGUCCUCCUGAGUACGGUAUUCCUAGUUAGCAACUGGCUUGACAUGCUCGCGGGACUUCCAGGCGACAGUACAAGAACCGGAUUCGUUCGUGAUGAGAUCAUGGGCAUGGUAAGUGAGCGGAUUCGAAACCCUCACAUGUAUGACACCGCGUCGACCAUCAUCAUCAUAGUGCACCUGUUGGCCGGAGAGAUAUGGAGGUGCGACGAAAGCAUACUGCGGUUUCACGUAUCCGGCAUCGCAAAACUGAUCGCUCUUUGUGGUGGCAUGGUCAAUUUUGAGAAGGCGUACGUCGCAGAACUCUCCGCAUCGUGUUGCUUUCAAUGCGAUCUUGUCUGCGAAGCCAAGCCACUAUCAACACUCAUAUCAUGGCAACCACCGGAUUACACUGCAGACGACGAUAUCGCGAUACCAGAAUCGCCAUUGUUUUGUCCUAGAGUCGACUUCAUGACUGUGCCUAACGACGAGCGCUGCUCACCUUCCACGUGUAAUCUACUACGAGAUAUGCGUGACUUGACUGAACUUUUCAUAUCGAAAAACGCCGCGAAUGAGGUUGAAAGGGAUCUUGCAGAUGUAUCGGCUGCUUACCUGAGCUCUACUGGUCUCGACUACAGCACGAAGGUGGCUAGAAUACGCGAACGAUUGACACUCCUCCCUUCAGCCGAUCUUCCGGGUCAUCAGGGCACUGGCGAUUGGGUCUAUGAGGCAUGUCGCCUCACUGCGAUGAUCUACACUGCGUCCAUCGUCUGCAGCUUGCCCUUAUCCAUGGCUGCUCAUCCCAGCCAAAACGUAUUAUGGGCCGAAGCUGAAUCUCUCAGAGAGCCACAUGACAGGCAGAUCGUGCUCACAACCCAUCUCAGCGAAUUGCUGCUGCAGGCACUGGAGCGCACCGAUCUUGCCAAUGUGUGGAAUGGCAUGGCUGGUGUUUUAUAUUGGAUAACCACUGUUGGUGCGGCUGCAGCCCGCACGCCCAUCAUUCCUACCAUGUUGCAGCAGCCUCUGUACAGCAAACCGUGUAAACCUCGGGUACGGCAGUGUCUGGCCAUGUAUUCGAUGCGUGCGUUUGUCUUGUUAGGUUUCAAACAUCAGAUGCCUAUCUUGCUGUCGCAGAAGAGGCUCUUCAGAGUACAAGAACUCAUCGGAACAUACGGCUAA